UACAUAGUGCACUAUGUAGUAAGUAGUGAAGGAAUUCGGACAUAGCCAAGGAUUUCCAGUUCUGGACGUUGAUAUCUGCCACCAGGUUCUUUUGAAACUGAGCACAUUCUGAACAGGAGGCAGGGCCCUGAGGAGAUUGAAUGACAAGAGUUAUUCAAUCAGGAAGCAGAACACAACACGGUAAAGAACAAUAAACUUUUUUCAGUAAUUUAAUGGCAUUUUUUUGUAACCUUCUUUGUUCAGUUUUACCUGGAUGUCUUCCCGGCUGGACAGAAAUCUCAUCACUGUGAUUACAGGCCAGGCAGUGGAAGGCUUUGACAAACUCUUUUGCUCUCUUUACGUGAACUCCAGUUUCGUUGAGCUCAGACAAGUUGCCACAGAGCCGGAGCCCGAACAAGACUUCCGAUCCCACCUCGCCCCUGUGGUACCCCCUUCUGCCGCUGUUCUUAGAAAGCUGCACAACCCCAAAUAUGCCCUGGUUGCUUUGACGAACCCCGGCGUCACAGUGUCCACUGGCGACGAUAAUCCCAAAGAAACUGAGAUCUCAAAAAACAAGAAGAAGAGGCGAAAGGAGGAGGCUAGGGCAGAUCCUCCUGCACUUCACCCCGGACUAAUUAAUUUAGAGAAGGCCAGUUUAAUAGCAUACUUGCCCACCUGGCCAGAACCCGACCCACCAAGAGAUGUAAUAGGAUUUAUUAACAUUCGGGAUGUGAACAAACCUCUACAAGUCCAUUUGCAGCGUUCAGAGAUGUUUGGAACCAGUCAAGCAAUUAGGUUUAGUAGUCCAUUCAGCACACCUGAGGAAAACGUAGCAGAAAUCACGAUUGCCAGACAGUUCAGCAGUAAACAAGAAAAGAUAAGUAAAGAAGAAGAACAAGCCCACAAACCUAAUGAGCUGGUGGUGGACAAGGCCCAGGCAGAACUGCACAGUGAUCCAAAUGGACUUAAAAGUAGAGCAAAUGUGUUAGAGCACGACAAAGAUGAAAGUAAGACUUCCAAAAGGGAAAAUAAAGUAAUUUCAAAUGCAAACUCUGGUCCUAAAAAAACAUAUCUUAGUGUUCUCACAAUCCCACAAUCAAACAGAGGAUCAACAACGCUAAACAAGCAGAGACCUUUACACAAAGCAGAUCUUAUUUUGACAAAUGAACCCAAUUCUGCCUCAAUUUCAGAUGCAGACAUAAAGAAAGAAGAGAAAACUUUACCAAACCUAACUGCACAAAGUGCUGUUAUGUGCACAGCACCCACUGUGGGGUCACACAGUGGGCAAUGGUCUCAACUGCCUGACUCAAACACAGCAAAGGACACAUUGGAAAGUGCUUUGCAGUCACAAGUACAGGCUGUUAACAUGCAGCUUGAAGUCUCAUCUGAAAUAACUCCUAACCCUCAGACUACAAAUGUCGGAUAUCCCAUUUUCACAUCCUCUGCUUCUAACAUUCAGUCCAAGACCCCCACAUGUGUUUCCAAAAAUAACUCAGUAGCCAUUACAAGUCUGCACUCAAGCCCAGCUUCUAGUCUUCACACUAAUGUUUCUCCAACCACCUCCACCACCUCGCUCUCUAAAAUCCCUCCAAGUUCUACAUUUUCGUCUUCUGCACCUUCAUUUUUAGCUUUAAGUCCUUCCAUCCCAAAACGUCACACUGUUGAUUUGGUCAUGAAAGACAGCAUCAACAGAAAUGACCAGACAGAGAUCUGUCUCAGAAGGCCUGAGACUAGUUUAGAGCCACAAACCCUUCAGUCUGCUGUAGAAACAAGGCAGCAAACAUCUCUGUUGAAGAAAACAGAAACUGUCCUGGUAAUGCUGGAUAACAUUUCAAACACAUCAGCUGACGCAACAAGCCCAAAUAACCCCCCAAAAGACCAGUUCUUAGUGAAAGAACAACAAAUCCCUCAAAGUGAACUUCAAACAAAAUCAGAUUGUUUGGUUACUGGUACUGAAAGGAUGGUUGGUAGUCAAGAAUCUAUUCCAAUAGUCUCUAAAACAAGGACAGGGACAAAGACUUUAGCUGUCACAAAUACAGAUGCCAGCACAUCAGAAGUAAACCUGAAAAACGGCAAAUCUACAGAAGGUGUGACAGAGUGUCAUCCUUUAGCAAAAUCCCACAAACUUCAUAGGGUAUCAUGCAGUGUUUGGACUUCAAAGGACAACUGUGCGUCACAAGAUGUUGACAUCCUAAAAGCAGGAAUGAAUUCCCACAACACAACUACGACUAAAAAUAGAAUGCAAAAAUCUGCGGCAGACAUGGUGGAAGAGCAAGAGGAAGGGGCAUGUUCAACAUCUGCGCAAUCUACUGACCGUGGAAAAGAUGCAAAAGCUAACACACUCUACAUGUUUCAAACACAGGAAAACACACAUUAUCUUAGAAAAUCCCUCCAGUUUUCUGAUGCUCAUCAACCAGACUUGCUUGAAGCAGAAUCCCAGUUUGUCACUUCAGUUGUACGAAUCUCCGAUGAGUUACCUUUGCAUACCUUCCCCCCUGACCCAAAGUCCGACUUUCAAACACUUACAUAUGACUUAAGUGAUGAACCUGUCUCACCCAGAAGGGAUUCCACCCAAUCCACCACCUCUGAAGAGUUUUAUGAAUGCAGUGGCUCUCCUUUGCAUGAUCCUGUAGACCAGAACGUUCCUGACGCCCAGGAGACAAAGGACUCCACUGCUGACUCUGGUAUGUCAGACGCUACAUCUAACGUCUCUUCUCCUUCAUUCCUUAGCCAUGGUCUUUGUUUUGCGCCAUCAGACACUGAUGACCUGAGUAAAGGACAAACAAAUGAAAGAAAGGACACUAAUGAAGAAAUGGUUAUAGAAGAGAAGAUGUUUGACGUUAAAGAGAUUAAACACGAUGGUGAUGAGCCCGAAGGAACAAUCCAGUCUGAUGUAUCUGAAUUAACAGUCAAAGACCCUGAAUUCAAAGGUCCCAAAGAAACUCAUCUGCCAGGAAAAACUAUGUCUGAUAGUCUGAUUGAUGGAGAUGGGGCUGAAGGAGAACCGAUCAAACAGGAAUCAGCUCUUAAAAAGUUACCAACAGAUGAUCUAAAACUUGAGGUGAUCUCCUCAGAGGAAAGGAAACCAAAGAAAGCCUCCCCAGCGAGAGGGAAAGGAUUAAGAACCAGCAGCACAGAGAGAGCAGGGACUCAGCCAUCCACAGAGGCUGAUCGGCAGAAGUUUUGGCACCCUCCUCCUAAAGCUCAGAGACCUCAGCAGUUGGACAGAGGAUCUUCUCCGUCCUCCCGACAACGAAGGACACUACAACCCCUCACGGCCUCCCAGCUUUUAGGAGUUCAUUCAUCGAAAAGUUUGAACCAGACUGAAUUCAAGAUGCUGCCUAACAGUGCCCAGAUCACUGAUAAUACUCAAUUCCAUCGCAGAGCGCAAUCAAGAUCCCCCUCUCCAGGACCAGGGAGAGGUCCAGUUAGAUCAGUCAGUCCAAGGCUGAGCCAGCACAGCCUCUCCAUGCAACAGCCUCCAGCAGCUCAGACCAGGGGAAGAGUUGCCCAACCACAAAGCCACACCCCCUACCCCAAACCCAAGACCUCAUUCCUCCACACCUACUUGAAACUACAAAAGCAGGUUCCCUCUCAGUCAUCCAAACAUCCGGCUUCUCCUGCACAGAAAAAACUCGAGCAGGAAGAAAAAACGGGACCACCUGAUGUGGCUUUCAGUCAGCUUGACAGCCUGAAGGGCCUAAAGGAUAAAAUGAGCAAACUUUCAGCACAGAGCAAGAGGGGCAGCACCAUUUCCGCGGUAAAGACACGUGGAGGCUCAAGUACACACCCUGUCCUUCCGUCAGAGAACUGAUCACUCAUUUUAAUGGAUGAACAAACAACUCUAAAGCGUUUGUAAUUACAGCAAUAAUCUCUAAAUGACAUGUUUCCUAGUUUAUUUACAUUUUGUCAUCAGAGUCAACAAUUUUAAGCUUUCUUGUCACCUCAGUCUCAGCAUAUGUCUUUUCAUUUUCUAUUUUAGAGCGAAGGUCCAUUUAAAUUUUUUUUUUUUUUUUUACCACAAACCAAGUGGACCACAGAAUCCAUUUCAGAUAUUUUUCUGUUACACUGAUGUCACCAUAGGUUCUUAUAGGUUAGUUGCAAAUUCUAUUUUCCCUUUUGUGGGAUCAAUAAAGUUUUCUAUUUUAUUAUAAAUUAUGAAACGUUUAUUCUCUUGCCCUCUUAACCUGGAUUUACCACCGAUAACAUUUUCUAGUUCCAGGUUUAUGUAGCUGUAUGCUAAAUUAAGAGAUCAUGUUAAACAUUAAAUGACUAAGAAAAUUUUGGUUGCCAUUGUUUUUGGAUUUGUACCUUGAAAAAUAAAAAAAACUUCAAAACUCAA